CGGGGCCGUGCGGCGGUUCCCGGCAGCUCCGGUGGGGCUGCCCAGAACCUGCGGCCCUGGCGGCACUGGCUGGCGGGUGCCGGGCUCGGCUCGGGCGGGCUGGCCCGUCCCCGGGCUCGGCCGGAGGAGCGUCAGCCGCUCGCUGCCUCUCCCGGCCUGCGCGGUGGGCUCCCUGACCCGGCUGGGGUGCGCGGAGCGGGGCCCGGCGGCAGCAGGGGGGGCUCCCGCUUCUUCGCCGGGGCUCGCAGCCGGGGCAGCAGCCUCCGUCCCGUAGCUCCGGCUGAAACCUCCUCCCGGGCGGCGGCCGGGCCCGGCGCGGUUCCCCGCGGCCGGCGGUGCGGUGACCGGCUGCGGUGCCGGCCGAGCCCGCCGGAGCUCGGGCCCCUGCCCGCUGGGCCGAGGGCCCGCGGCCUUGCGGCUGCCGUGUCCCCGGAGGUGGGGCUGGCUUGCGGUUUUCUUUAUGCUCGCCUCAGAACAGGCAGCACCAAGUGGUGGUGCUGGGAGCGUUUGCUUCAAAAUGUCCCGUUAUUGCAAAAUUUGGGUGAGCAGCAGCACCUCUGAUCGCUUCUGCUCUUCACAGAACAAACUAGGCCCAUCUGUUGAAAAUCUCUUGUUUAAACUUCUCCAAGUGAUGCUUUCUGCUAAAUGCUUUUCCCUGUGUGUCAUAAACUCUUUCUGCAGCUGUGGAUCAGUAGAUAUGCUCCUGCAUACCCGCCUCUGUGGAACUGAGGUGGUUUCUGUGCCUGGCGCUCCCCUUGGCUCUGUGCUGGAGCUGCUCAGGGGCUGUGCUGUGCCCCAGGGCAGGGACAACAACUGCCUGAAAAGUAACCUGACAAAAUACAGUUUGUUGUUUGUUUUUUUUUUUCCCUCCAAGCUGGAAUUCUUUCCUGACCCAGUUGAUGGUGAGGUCUCAAACAGUUGGGAUGGCCCAGGGCCUGGAAUCAGUGACCCAUUGGGAAACCAGGGAUGGUAAGAGCUGUUUGAGCUAGUGGUACUGGGAGCAAAUGUGAGGGGCACCUUUGGGUCAAAUUAUACUCACUACUUGCAUUUUGCUUAUGUGGGCUAUAUGAGUGUCUCAGGUUAGAUAUUUCUGGGCUGUUACUGUUUCCCUAAAGUCUAAUUUUGUGUGUUUAAGUGGUGAUAGAAAGUAGGCUUUAGUGAGUUAAUUUGCUGUGUAUAGCACUGAGGAAGUUCAUACUCUGUUAGGGUUUGGGAUUUGUGUGUAUCGGAGGAUGUUAAGACCAUUGCAACAAACAAUACAUGGGCUGGAGAAGGUGCCUAACAAUGAGGGACUAUGAGAGAGCUCUCAAAGAGCUCAAGCUGUGUAUUUUAUAUAAGAAAAUUGACUGAGAGACACCUGGAUUGCAGCAUGUAAGAGGGGAAAAAGAACACCCCUAAACCCCACAAAACCACCUAGAUGCUAAAAGGAUGUGAAUCUGCUAUAGAAAUGCUUAAAAAAAAUCAGUAUCUGGAAGUGGCUUCCAUUUCAAAUGGUGAAUGAGAGAGGAGUGGAGCUGACUGCCUGUGGGGAGGGACAGGAGUUCAUUGUGUUUUCAAACCAGAGCCAGGUGCCUUCCUGGAAGAGUUGCUUCAUCCGAAUACCAUGAGCACAGGCCAGAGCCCCUGAGACAUAGGAAGUUGCUGGGUUUCACAGGAAUUCCUCAGCAGAACUGGGAGUUGAUCACAGAUCUGUAGAGUCCCAGGUGAUUUUUUUAUACAGGAGGUGACUCCUUAGUGAAGGAGCUGUAAGAAAGAGAAGCCUGGAGAGACUAAAGCUGCAAGAACAAGAGCACAUUUGAAAAAGGGGGAAAAAAGAGAGGGGGUUGAAAGAAAAAGACGUGGUGAUGAAAAGAAGUUCAAGAGAGAAAAAAGAAAGCUAAGCUCGAGAGAAGAGAAGAGAGGCAGAUAGAUGGAGAUGAGAGACAUCCCCCAAAGCAGCAGAAGGUACCAGCUGAAGAACAGCAGUGGCCAGAGAAUAUGCCUGAAUGGGAAGAAAGGAAAUCCCUGCUAGCUCAGAGAAGAGUGGAGUCUGUCAGACUGCUUACAGUGCUGUUAAACCGUGUGAAAGAUUUUGUGCAGUUGGCAAGUCAGAAAGUGGAUCCUUCAUUGGGCUUAAGGAAGAUCAAUUCCUUUUCUGAAGCAGCAUUAAAAGACACACGUCAGGAGCUGAUUAACUCCCUUUAUGGCACACACAAAGAGCUGAAACACAAGGAGCAGUUUAAGUGCCCAUUAACUCAAAAAGAUGGCAGCUUACCUGGUGAGGAAGGAGAUGAGAGAAACUUCCAUGCCUCUACUUGUCAUAUAGCCAGGACAAUUGUAAAUGAUCCCUCUGCAGCCCCGAGUCCUGCUGGACGGCCUGGCAGAGAUGAGUCCCACUCCUCUGGUUGUGCAUCUUUACUGAUUACAGUUACACAAGACUGCAGGGUCAUCGAAUCUCUCGAUGGAAGGAACUACCCAACAUUGAAUGUAGUUCACACACAGACAGUGUCUGAUGAAGGCUGUUGCAAAAAGCAAAAGGUUUAUGAGACUGAUGAAUUCAUCCAUUAUUUACUAAACUACUAUCAGACACCAUGCUAUGCACGUGUUUGCUUAGAGCCAAAAAACACUGUGAACAAGUCCAGGUGGAAGAGAGUGGUGUUUGAUGAUGAUAGUGGUUUUGACACCAGCUUGAGUAACAAACAUGGUCAGUGCUUCAGAGAAGUGAGUCCUGUACAGACCCUCAAGAGAAAUUGUAGUAGUGGUGAUAAUUACAGACUGGUGAUCACUGUUGGGGAGCUUGAGUCAAUAAACACAGUGUUAGAAAACAAGACCCAUGGGGGUAAGCUUGAAAAAACACUGCAAGUGCAGAGGAAUUACUCACUUGCUGUUGAUAACUUAGCACAUGCUGGACUGAAUCAUUCUUUGGAUUGCACUGCUGUUACUUGUGAUAAGGAAUUUAGACAAGAAGAUGGUAGUGAUGAAGGUUCUGUACCAUAUAAAGCAUGUGGGUCUGCUGGCAGAUUAAAGGAUUUGUUGGAAGAGAUCAGUGAUUCCCAGUACUUUAGCGAGGCACCUAGAGGCUCAAUGAAGAGAACAGAAAGAAGGUGUGAAGAAAUUUACAGCAAUUGUAAUAAAAGGUGCUUGCCUGCAAAAGCCAGGGAAAGAAAAUUACUGGUUUACCUUAAAAAUGUAACUCUGGAAAGUCAAGAGAAGGAAAGCAGCAAUUGUAGCUUUUGUUCUAGUUCUGUCCAUGAGGGCUUCACAAGGCAGUGUGAACAUAAGCUUAAAAAGGCAUGCAAGAGGUCAAGUAGUAAAUUAAGACAUGAAGAACAGAAAAGUGAGAGACCACCCAGGGAAGAGGAGAGAAAUGCUCACAAAAUGAAGAAAAGGCGAAAAAAACUUUCUUCUAAUCUUUUAUCUGAUGAAGGUGGCUUUCCAGAGACAGACAAUUGCAUGCGACUGGAGUCACUCACGAAGAUGCAAAGAGAAUGUAAGAAAAUGUUCCACAAAAAAGUGAAAUUCAAGACAUUUCCCCCUACCGUGGCAGCACCAGGUGUUACCCCUUGUGAUGGCUCACCACUUCAGGAGACCCUCCAGAGAGCAGGAGAUGAGAGGAAAUUAAUGUUGAGAAGAGAGAUGGAUGCAGAUGUCAGAGGAUGCUCUGUAUUUCCUCUUGAGAUAAUUCAGACAAACCCCUGCUCAGAUACUUUCUGUGGAGCAGAGCCCAGAAGAGGAUGCUGAACAGCUACUAUAUAAUAGCACUGAUUUUUUUAUAUAUAUAGAAGUGGGAGAAGAAAGCCCUUUAAUAAUUUAAAAGUAUAUAAAAUACUGGGGUUAAUUUUGCUUAGGUAAUUCCUUCAGUUAAAAUAUCUAAGUGCUGAAGUGAGCCACAAAACCUGCAUCUGUGUUUGCCUUUUGGAUAACAGAGGACCAAAACUUUUCCCAGGGCUAGACAAACUUUCAUAGACAGUUGCGAUGAAUUUGAAAGAAUACAGAUUGAGAUCUUGUAGUGUUGUACUCUGAUUAAAUGUAGGGAACCAUGUACAUAUCUAAGUUUUGGUGUUUAGUAAUAAUGAGUAACUGGAGAAAAACAUAGCUAUGUAAAUACUAGAGCAAGCUUAUUAAGUGCCUCCUCACUUUGAUUGUUAAAACGACGAGACUGGAAGGUGUGGAGGACAUUUAUGCUCAAUUAUGGGAAGUAAUAGAUUUCCAAAGAUGAAAAAAAUCCCAUCUUCUGUAAAACCCACACUGGAAAAUGCUUGGUUUGUAUUCAGAGUUCUAGAGUUGUUUCUGAAAACUUGCUGGUCUUUGGGAGGAAGGGUUUCCCUGAACUUGUGCUUGAUGUAGUACUUCAGGAAUCUGAAUGAUUGUCUAAGCGAAGCUUUGAAUGUUAGACAGUGAAGGGGCAGUGCUUGUCAGCGUGCUGACAGUCCCCAUGUGUAUGCAGGUUAAAAACUUGUUCAUGAGAUUUUGAAGGUACAUUUAGUGUGAGUUGGCUUACAAAUAAUUUCCAGAGAAAUUGCGAAAUGUCAUAUUUGUGCUGCAUGUAGGUAAAAAUGUGAAAACACGCUCUAGGAGCUUGUUUUAUAUCCUUAUUUAUUCAGCUGACUAUAUUUAGAAGAAAGCCACAAUUGCUUUUGGACAAAGUCCCUUAGCAAGAUACAGAGAACCAGUUCCAAGUUCAAUACACGGAGUAUUUCAGCUUUCAUUUUGCUAUGCUUUAUUUAUUACAUGGCAAUAUACCAAGUUAAUGUGAUAAUUUUGUCUUCAUUACUUAAAUUCACCCAUGUUUGUAACUUCUGCUCUAAUAAAUCGUAAUUAAAAAAAAGGACAAA